AGCCGGUGCCCAACACACAGAAUAAACACAGACGGAUCCUCGCAGCCAAAAGACCGCGCACUGACGGUGCUUUUCGUCCCAUUGUUUGAGACGUACCGACGUGCGGCUGGCCUCAUAUAGCGCUGUAGGGUAAGCCAAAAUGGUGAAGGAUCCAAAGAAGCCGAGGGGCAAAAUGUCCUCAUAUGCCUACUUUGUGCAGACAUGCCGGGAGGAGCAUAAGAAGAAACACCCUGAUGCCAGUGUCAACUUCUCAGAGUUCUCCAAGAAAUGCUCUGAGCGAUGGAAGACAAUGUCACCAAAAGAGAAAGGCAAGUUUGAAGACAUGGCCAAGCAAGACAAGUUGCGUUAUGAGCGGGAAAUGAAGAAUUACGUGCCUCCCAAGGGCCAGAAGAAGAAGCGAUUCAAGGACCCCAAUGCCCCCAAGAGACCACCGUCUGCAUUUUUCCUCUUCUGUGCAGAUUUUCGCCCAAAAAUAAAAAGUGAAAAUCCUGGCCUUUCCAUUGGGGACACAGCAAAGAAGUUGGGAGAGAUGUGGAAUAGCUCAUCUGCGGAAGAAAAGCAGCCAUAUGAGAAGAAGGCUGCCAAGUUGAAGGAGAAAUAUGACAAGGAUAUUGUUGCUUACCGCACAAAGGGAAAAGUGGAUUCAGGACCAGCUGCUGCAGCUGAUGAUGAUGAUAAUGAAGAAGAAGAAGAGGAGGGAGAAGAAGAAGAGGAAGAUGAGGAUGAUGAUGAUGAGUAGCUCACUUGGGGAUGGGACCUGCAGUUUUGUUUAUGCCAUAUAUCCUUAUAUCUCAAUUCACCAUCUUGAAAAACAGAAGUCAGAUUGACCAUGAUCAUGUGUAUAUUUAAUGUUUUUAAGAUGUACAGUGUUAUUCUCCUUUUUUUUUUUUUCUCGUUUUUUUUGUAAAGUCAACACUACAUAUCUUACGUUUGGAAUUUUCUAGUGGUAGUACUUUAUCCCUGCCAUAUUAUGUAACAGUCUAGGAGGACUACAAAUAAGUAUGAAAGUAACUAGUCUUUAGGUGUUCCAACUCAAAAAUGAGAUUUCUGAGUUGCUAGUGUAUUUUUGUUUAUUUUGAAAAAUAUUUUUUUAUGUGCUGUCCCAAUGUCUUUUUAUUGUUCUUUGAAUACCACUCUAAUAUCAAAUGCAGCUGUCGACAUUCAAGAAUGUCUUCAAUAAAGGUCGUUUUUUUUUUUUUUUUUAACAAGUUUGUUUUUUUUCCUCCUUCUAAUUUUAAUCAUCUCACAAUAUCUAAAAACUACCAAACUUCCAUGUAUUCUAUAUUCAUUACAUGCAAAUAGGGCCCUUCAGUCCAUCUGUAAUUCUGUGUUGGGUGUUUCUCAUCUUCCUCUUGGGUUCAGGUUUGUUAGCUGCCCAAUAAUGCGGUCAGCAAGCUAUUUGAUAAUUUUGGUGCUGUGUGUGUGCUGCUGGGCUAGGUCUUGCUGUAAAAGGAAAUAAGAAUCUCUAUAAAGCCUGUCAGCAGUGGAAAGCAAGAAGUACUCUAAAAUCUAGUGGUUCAGUAUUAGGAAUGUGGCAGUUGUAGCUUCUUUCCUAAUACCGAGCCACUAGACGUCCAUGUGUGGUGGAUCUUGAUCCUCUGUCACCGGCCUCAGUUCUCUGUUUGCAAAGCUCUCCCAAGUUCCUGAUUUGACUUACCUUGACAAUCUUCUCUUUAUAUCACACUUCCCUUUUAGACAGAUGUUUAAAUACAGCAGUCUGCAAACAGCUUGCCUUUUUCACAAAUGAGACUUAACCUCUUGUGGAGGAUAACCAUCAUUAUCUGCAAAACUGUCAAGUCAGUAGUCCAUUUGUUAAAGUCUUGAUUAAUAAAUAUACCUUUUUCAAUCAAGUUCACAAUACUAGUUAAUCUAUGAGUAAUUCAGAGUUUGAGGCUUUUUAUGUAAACAGAUUGCUAAUGGCACAAAUGACUAAGGAUAAUUGACAAGUAAUAAUUCUUACUUACCAGUACUGGACUCAUGGAAUUAUUAAGCCAGAAGGACAGAUAUUCGACAAUAGCAAGUAAUACGAACACAAUUAAGGAUAGCACAUUGUUUUAUUGGAAAAUAAACAAACUUUUAUUGAUUUUAACAAUUUAAGAAAAAGAUAUUGCCCAAUGGCUGUUAUCUGCAAAGUGCUAAUGCAUUCACAUCCUCAGCAAUGUUUUAUAAACUCUCUGGAAAGUAAGAAACAUCGAUCAUGCUACAGUAGUUUGAGCAACCUCAAUCCAGAAGGUGGCGCCAUGAUAUAAUAAACCUGUAUGUGUAUGUGUGUGUGUGGCAUUAAAAAACUUUA